GUUUCUGACUACGUCAAGUGGAUUAUCACAAGCAGUAAGAGAAACACAAGCAUGACAGAAUUAUCACAGAAAAUGUGUUGAUUAUUUUUCAACCUUGUGCUAGAUGUUUAAGGAAGUACCGCGAGAUUUGAAAUAAAAUUGUUUCCCUCGAUGUUAAAUAAUUAUUUUGUUGUUUGUGAUGUUAACAUACGCAUGGUGAACGUCCUCGUGGUGUUGAGUAAUUAAUCGAUGUGUCAAUCGAUCACCGACAGGAGUGAUCGAGGUCAAAUACUAUUUCUUUAUUAGCGUCAAUAAAGGUUCAUUAUUAUUUAUAAUAACCAAAGAAGUAGGAUGAGAAGAGAGCAGCAUAAAAUGCAGUUAAUUAAGAAAUUUCCAUAUUGACAUAAAAGUAAAGCUAGGUUUUUUUACUUUAUAUUGUUGGAGCUAUGAUUUUUAUUUGUGAGUUUCGACGAAUGAGUUGAUGUUUACGACCAUGAAAUUUCAUAAAAGAUUGCUGUUAUGGAUUCCUGUUAUGAUUGCGUGUAUGUCUGAAGUGUCGGGUGAAGGUAUUAUGUGUUAUAAAUGUACAGUAGCACCUGUAAAAAAUGAAGUCAAUGUUACGCAAAUAUGUAGUCAAUUUGAAGAGAAUUAUCAAUUUCAAGUAUACUGUCCAAAGUCAACAAUGUGUAUGAAGCGUACGAUUUAUCAUAAACUAGGCAACGGAUCCGUGGUAAAAACAAGUGUAGAAAGAGGAUGUGCUUUACAGUUGAAUGUUUUUAAAACGUACGAUGAAAAUGAAAAAGUUUGGAGGGACACGGAAAAAAUAAUUCGAACAGCAUAUACGGAAGGUUGUUUUCCCGGAGAGGAUAGAGGAUCCCCUGGUGGACCUCCAGAAUAUUGUUUUUGUCAAUUUAAUUUAUGCAAUGGAAGUCAAUCGUUAAAAGAAUUAUUCAUUAUGAGUAUUAUCAUUCCAAGUAUUUUAACAAUUUUUUGAUACUUUAUCUCGAUAUAAAUCCCCACUGCCUUCACUUAAAUGUGUAAAUAAAUGUAUAUACUAAAAAAAUCGUGCUGUGAGUAUCAAUAAAAAGAUUUAGACGAGUUAUUUUUGGAGAAAAAAAAAUAAGAGCAAAAUACUUACCUCAGCA